AUGCCAUUACCAUUGUGCCGAUGUCGAGUACUGUACAUCGGAAGCGCGGUGCCGACGAUCACAAAAGACGGCCUGCAGGGCAUUCAGCAGCCGCUCAAAGAGCGCUAUCCGAUUCAAGAGUCACCGGACACGCGCGGAAUUGAUUCAUGGUGAGGAUUUUUGUGAAAUUCGGGUAGAUGGCCAUUUUAGUGAGUUUCCGGGGGGAGCUGUGGACAGUUUUCGAUGAGGCGCACAGAUGGAAGAGAAACACGCACUAGUCCCUCGGCCAUGUCGAUUUACGCGCAUUUUUUUCUCGUUUUUUGAGAAAAAUGUCCACUUUUCUGUUUUUUUCAGUGAAAUAACUACUCUGUCUGAUUUGCGACUGAAAUUCAUGGUUUUGAGUCGCAAAUCACAAAAAAGACCGAUGCUUUAUGGGGCUAUUCAGCGUAUGUUUGUUUUCCGUUUUUUUCGUUUUUUUACAUCGCUGAAUUGGAUUUUUUGACGUAAAAAAACGAAAAAAACGGAAAACAAUCAUUUUUUUCACAGUCUGAAUAGCCCCAUUACUGGAAAACCGAACAAUUAAACUUUUCCGCUAAAAAAAAGCGAAAAAAAUGCGCGUAAAUCGACAUGACCGGGGGACUAGUGCGUGUUUCUCUUCCAUUUGUGCAGGACAUUGUUUUCGCGCGAAACCAUCAUCUAAUUUUGUCUCUUCCAGGCUGUCGGUGUGGUCGAACGGAGUCCUCCUAGAGUACAUCGAAGGCGACAAGAAGAGCGAGACGGCGUUCUUCCCGAUCAUCACGCUGCACUACUGCGCGGCGGUCCGUUACGUCAACGUCGAGGGCUUCAAUGUGGGCGGCGGCGGCGAGCAGUUCAUGCCGCUGGACAGCCCGUUCGCCAACAUCCCCAACUCGCCGCACCCGCCCAUCUUCGCGGCGAUCUUCCGUCGGACGUCCGGCGUGAAAGUGCUCGAGUGCCACGGCUUCAUCUGUACAAAUGUGAAGGCGGCGAACGCGUUGGUGCGGUGCAUGGUGCAUGCGUACACGGAGACGAUGCACCUGAAGAUGGACGAACGCAUUCCCGGACUCAAAGCGAUUAAGGAGGGCUCGACGGGCGAACGCUCGCCAAACUCGCCGCCCGACUCGGAGCUCGAGGAGAACUCGUUCGAGGAGGACGUCUUGCAGCAGCACGAGGAGAAGGGCGUCAAGAACUGGCAGGAACGCACGCGGCAGCAGGACGGCGAGUACGACAGCGUCAGCAUCAGCAGCAGUCUCGUCAACAAGAACAAGAAGGCCGCCAGCGAGACAGGUAACACAGUCAGAUGCGGAGAAGGAGAAGGAGGAACGGGGUCGUCGAGGGGUGAUAACAUCUUGCGGGAAAACGGUUUAGGGGGUGGGUGCGGGGACGAAUAAUCGGCGAUUCGGCGGGAGGGGACUGAUACGAAAUACAGAACAGUGAUAGCGAAGAAUUUAUCGAUGAAAGUUUAAUGGGAGUUGACAGCAAAAUUCGCCGAAAUUUACCGAUAAAUAAAUGUUUGCAGGCGGAAUCCGCGGAGCACUGGUUCCGUUCGAAGAGCCGCUCCGUCGCUCGGGCUCCGACAACGACCUCUCGUACCGCGGCUCGAUCCCUCCGCACCACCACUUUGGUCCUCCCCAGAUGCCUCUGCACCCGCACUACCCGAUGAUGCCGCCGUUCUUCUUCCCGCCGCCGCCUCGUGGCGCGCAUUUCCCUCCGCCGCCGCCUCACUUUAUGCCACGUGGCGUUCCGCCGCAGUUCAUGCCGCCGCCGCCAAUGUUCGGACGACCGGGACCGCCGCCACGUGGCUUCCCGAUGCCGCCGCCGCCGCAUCCGAUGAUGUUCGCACGUGGCGGAUAUCCGCCGUUCUUCCCGCCGCCACCGCCGCACUUUGGAAUGCCGCACCGGCCGAGCAGCCCGCCCAACGACGGCGGUCCGAUCAUCACCGGACCCGAAUCGGUCUACGGGACCAUGCGACGCGGCGCCUACGAGGAACCGGCGUACGUCGGCGCGACGGGCGGCUUCCCCGAGGCCAGUUAUCAGCCGGCCAACGUGCCGGCCGAUCAGUACGAGUCCUACUACGACACGUUCAAAAAGAGGGGCACGCUGAAGAAGGGCGAGUCGGCGUCGAUGGCGUCGGGACGCGGCGCCGACAGCGCGUGGGACCAGUACGAGGCGGGCAUCUACCGCAAGCCGCACAUAAACGAGAAGGCGUUCUCCGGCACGCUCAGGUCAGCAGCAUUCAAUUGUUUUCAAAUUUCAUAACCGUUUUGUUUUGCAGAUCAAUGGCCGCCAAAGAGACGAGCAACGCGACUCUCAACCGUUCGGAGCACGUUGAAGUCGGCUCGCAGACUGUCGAAACUGAGGUCAGUGCCUAUUUUGUAUUGCUAGAGCGCACUUCCAUCAUACUUUUUUUGCAGAUUACCCGUCCGGACUCGCCGCCCGUCGACUACGAGGCCUUCGAGAAAUUAAAGUUGAAAGAGGCUCGCCGAGCUGCUCAGACCACCAACUAA